AUGGACAGUGGACUUAUCCCCAAAGAUGAUCUGGACUUUGUACUAGCGUCAUGCUACAAUCACUCGGAAGAAAUUUUUCCUGAUCCAAUAGAUGUCUUUCUGCAACCCGAUUCAGAAGAUUUGGCUAGCUGGAGAAAGCUGAGGAAUUACCGGCUCGUGUCACUGGAUCCCGUGGAAGAUGCUAAAAAGUCUGCUGAAAAAGAAAGGGAGCGUGAGUUGGCAGCCCAUGAUUAUGAUAUGGCCAGCUUGGACAAAUCGAAACAACACGUCAUACCUUACAGAUAUAAUUUUGCACAUAAGGUCUUAAUAGGUGGUAUAAUAGAAAAGAAGCAUCCUAGUAAUAUAAAAUUGAUGAAUUCGUCUCAUCACAGUCCCCAGACCAAUGCAGGGUAUUCUAGACAACCUUCAGAUGGAACAGUCUUCCAAUAUUAA